AUGUCUCAGUCCAACUCCAGCUCAAACGGCGUUGCCGUACUCGGUGCAAGCAAUGAUGCUUCCCGCCUGAUUCUCACACCGGAGGCGAUUAAGUUUCUGUCUAUCCUCCACCGCAGUUUCGAGCCAACCCGCAGACGCCUACUUCAAUUGAGAGAACAGCGCCAAAUUGAGACCGACCAGGGCAGACUACCCGAUUUUCUCCCCGAAACCAAGCACAUUCGCGAUGACAACAACUGGAAGGGUGCACCACCCGCACCUGGCCUUGUUGAUCGCAGAGUCGAGAUUACCGGGCCCACAGAUCGCAAAAUGGUUGUGAACGCGCUCAACUCUGAUGUAUGGGCCUACAUGGCUGAUUUCGAAGAUUCAAAUGCGCCGACUUGGGAAAAUAUGAUUCAGGGUCAGGCCAACUUGUAUGAUGCGAUUCGCCGCCAAGUUGACUUCAAGCUCGGCGGAAAGGAGUACAAGCUUAGGACUGAUCGCACACUGCCGACUUUGAUUUGCCGGACCCGCGGUUGGCAUUUGGACGAGAACCACUUCACAGUUGACGGCCAGCCCAUGUCCGGGGCUCUCUUCGAUUUUGGCUUGUAUUUCUUCCACAAUGCUAAGGAGCUCAUCUCCAGAGGAACUGGUCCCUACUUCUAUUUGCCCAAGAUGGAGUCACAUCUCGAGGCCAGACUAUGGAACGACGUGUUCAACACGGCUCAGGACUAUAUCGGCAUUUCCCGGGGCACAAUUAGGGCCACGGUGCUGAUCGAGACCAUUAGCGCGGUGUUCGAAAUGAACGAGAUCAUUUACGAGCUCAGAGACCAUAGCUCCGGUCUGAACUGCGGCAGAUGGGACUAUAUCUUCACCUUCCUCAAGCGCUUCCGCAACCGCCCCGGCUUCAUCCUCCCCGACCGCUCCGACGUCACCAUGACCGUGCCGUUCAUGGACGCCUACGUGAAGCUUCUGAUCAGCACAUGUCACCGCCGCGGAGUUCACGCGAUGGGCGGCAUGGCUGCUCUCAUCCCACGGAAGGACGAUCCCGCUGCCAACGCAAAGGCGAUGGACAGCGUUCGCGCGGAUAAGCUUCGUGAGGUCAAGGCGGGACACGACGGUACCUGGGUUGCUCACCCCGCGCUGGCCUCAAUCGCGAGCGAAGUGUUCAACGAGCACAUGCCUACGGCGAACCAGAUGUUCGUGCGGCCUGAGGUCGAUGUCACACGUGACGACCUUCUCAACCCCGUUGUUCCCGGACAGAUCACGGACGAUGGCGUGAAGAAGAACUUACACAUUACCUUGGCUUACAUGGAGGGCUGGCUGCGCGGCGUCGGAUGCAGCGCCAUCAACUAUCUGAUGGAGGAUGCUGCCACGGCUGAAGUUUCGCGCACGCAAAUCUGGCAAUGGGUCAAGCAUGGUGCCAGCACCGCUGAAGGCAACAAGAUCGACAAGGCCUACGUGCUCAACACUCUGGACCAACUCACCAAAGAACUUGCCGGUUCUGCCCCGGCGAACAACAAGUUCGAGCUGGCGGCAAAGUACCUACGACCGCAGGUGACAGGUGAAGACUACGCCAACUUUGUGACGACGUUGCUCUAUGACGAGAUUACGUCUCUUAGUCCUUCGGGGAAGUUGUGA